GUCGAGAUCGUCUGGCCAUUGGGUUCAUUGAUUAGAGCAUAGCUUCACAGGUGCAUUGGACUGCUGCUUCUUUCUCCUCAUCCUCUACCUUUCAACAUACUGUAUCCAGGUUAGGGGGUUCAAGACCACCAUCUCCACUAAACCAACCACUCAACUUACACCAUCAACAAUCCCCAAUACUGAGCACGCAUCCAUUCAAAAUGCCCGCACACCUCAACCAUGAGGAGUUCUUCACCUCCCUAACCACCCUCCUAACGACCACCUCCCAAAAAGCCCGCGGCUCCGUCUACCUCACCCAAAAGCCUUGGAUCAACGCCGACAACUCCCAGGACCAGCAACAACAACAACAACCGGCAAUUCUCAUCCGCGCAACAGACGGCAACACCGGCGCCCCGAACCCGAAGAAAGCGAAUACCGACAAGAAGACAGCGGCGGCCGGCGCCAAGAAAGUCAAGCUGUCGACGGUGGUGAGCCCGGAGGAGUUGGAGGAGUUCUACGCCCGGUAUGCGGAGGUGUGUAAGGCGGGGAUGACGGGGUUGAAGAAGCGGGAUCGCAGUAAGAAGAAGACUGCCAAGGGGAAGGCUGGGGGGAAGGUGCAGAAGGCUUGAUUUCUAGUUGUUGGGUGUGAAGUCGAAAUCCUAUUGAGGUAGGAUUAUGGACUGUGGCUUUGGGGUUGGUUGGGUGCAUAUGGGAAGGUUUGAGGGGUUGGAGGAUAUGCUGAAUGAUCUGCUGUGCUUAUUCAUUGUAUGGUUGAUUUGAUUGCAUUUAUUGGCGUUUCAUGGGUCGAUCUCUUUUGUUGUUCUUUCAUUUAUCAACUGAUAUUCAUGCAACUGGGUAUGGAGUAACCGAGUUCUCGAGCCAUCAAUUGUGUAGUAUAUGA